AUGGCAUCAGAAUUCACACUUUACAAACGUCCUGGCUAUGGCGACGAGGGGAGAACAGGUUCCAGAGACCGCCAAACUAAAGUAUUGGCAAAUAUGUUCGAAGUCGAAGCAAAUGACAUGACCUUUUACCAGUAUGCCAUAGAAUUCAAACGCUAUACUCCUAAGCGUGAAGGAUCACCGGCUCAACUUGCUCCUGUUAUGAGAAGACAUUAUCGACAUAUUUUCACCGCUUUCCAUAAACAACAUAAAGAAGUUUACUUUGAAGGUGUGGACGGCGUGGCAUUCGAUGGUGAUUCCAAGCUUUUCACGACCGGUAAACUCACGCUCGACAACAAUAAUCAGAUCGGCAAAGUUUUCGAAGUUGAACAUGAUGGCGAUUACUAUGUAAGAAUCAAAGAAAACACGGCCAAACCAACAGUCUCAAUGGAUGAUCUUGAAGGAGUCUUGACAGGAAAUUCGUUUGAGUCAGACUGUAACAAUCAGAUGCUGGGCGCUUUAGAUGCAUUUCUUCAAUACAACCCUAGCCUUCGACUUGUCUGUUUUUUUCGUAAUUGUUUAUAUAUGCCUGAAACGAUAAGAUUACUCGGAAAAGGUGCAGCGUUAUUACAAGGAUAUCGACUUCAUGUACGUCCAGGAGAAGGAGACGGAAGAGGAAGAAAGUUGUUUAUGAACGUAUAUGUGACUUAUACUCCUAUUGUCGAGCCGACCGAUCUAUGCACGUUAAUUUGCAAAUUUCUUGACACACAGACAUUACCAAACUUAUUCAGAAACGACAUAAUGAAACGCGUGAACAGUGCUUUCCAGCACAAUUUUCGAUACAUUGAUUUUAAAUUAUUGCAUCGUCCAGAAUCUCACAUCGUAACGACUAUCAAAAAGUUACAUGACAAACCUGCGACUGAAAUCAAGUUUUUCAAUUCACAACUUGGAAAGGAAGAGAGUAUUAAGGAUUAUUUCGCACAUAAGCACAACAUAAAUCUUAGCACGCCAUAUGUCGUAGAAAGUCGAAGAUUUACCUGUCUCCCUAUUGAAUGCCUUGGCGUCGUUGAGGGACAACGCUAUCCUUAUUGUAAGAAUUUAAACGGAAACCAACAUGCUGAAAUAAGCAGGAUUACUGCCAAGCACCCUGCGGAAAACGUACAAUUUAUGUUGAAUGUUGUCCGUGACCUAUUGUCGUUUAGCAACGAACUACUCCAGCAAGCCGGAAUCAGACUCAAUACGCAAAUAGCUAAUGUACCCGGCCGCUUCAUAAGUAUUCCAGUAGUUUCAUACUCUGCUUCAUCUAAACAAGGCGCACAAGUUAAGCCAAAGGAUUUGGAUGCAACUUGGAAUCUCCGUGACGUGAAAUAUCUUCAACCUGGCAAUGCUUUAAGAGAAUGGUUGGCUAUUUCAUUAACACAAGCAGUUUCUCCAGGUAACAUUAAUCUGUUUAUGAAUAAUCUAGUCCGACAAGCUAAAACUCAAGGCAUGGACAUUGCUAGUGAUUUUAUGCCGCCCAAAUACGUUCAGUGGCAAGCUGAACAAAUUCGCGAAAAGAUUAUCGAAGCAGUAGAAGACGCCAAGAAAGAAGCAAAAAACCUACAAUUAGUCGUAUUUUUCAUCGACCAUGGUAAACAUCAUAUGAACAAAAAACAGUACAAUCUUGUCAAAGAAGUCAUGGACACUCAAAUUGGUAUUUUGUCUCAAUGUAUACAAUCACAGCUAGUCAAACGCUGCAAAACACACUAUCUUGCGGAUAUUACUGCAAAACUGAAUUUGAAACUCAACGGGACCAAUUCUGCUGUUGAUCUUCCGCAAAUCGAUAGCGAACGAACCAUGGUCAUGGGAGCAGACGUCACUCAUCCUUCACCGGGGUCUCAUUCUCCAUCAAUCGCAGCAGUAGUUGGAUCUAUCGAUAGACAUGCCGCCCGGUAUGCUGAGAGACAUAAAGAACAGUUUACAAGAGAAGAAAUCUAUGAUAUGGAAGAAUUGACGUAUCAGCUUUUGCAUGAAUUCAUACGAACGAACAAAGAGCCUCCUGCAAGCAUUGUCAUGUACAGAGACGGCAUCAGCGAAAGCGAGUUCCAACGUGUGGCAUUGGAUAAGGAACUCCCUUGUAUCAAAAAAGCCUGUGCUAGGCUGAAUUCUGAAUAUAAACCAAAAAUCUCAUAUAUUGUUGUCACCAAGAGACAUGUCGGUCGAUUUUAUCCUAUAGACGAGCUAGAUGUCGGCACAAGAGGAAACGUGAAACCCGGUCUAGUUGUCGAGCGAGUAAUUACGCAUCCUUACCUUUUUAAUUUCUACCUCACCUCUCACUCUAGUACUCAAGGAACAUCGCGUCCACGUCUAUAUCACGUUCUGUACGAUGAAAAUCAAUUUGAAGUAGAUGAACUUCAGGACUUUACGAACAAACUCUGUUAUAACUUUCAACGGGCGAGCAGAGCAGUUGCUGUUCCUGCACCGGCGUAUUACGCACAUUGUGCGGCAAAAAGGGCGCGAUCUCAUUUCCUUGACGGUCAGUUUAGGAUGACCAAUUCCGAGUUUGCUCAGAAAUAUCCAAUGUAUUAUGUAUAA